AUGGAGAAACCAAAUCACCCUGAGGGAACGACUCCCCCGAGACGAGCUCUGCAGAAGAGAAGUGCUAAGUCAGCAGGAGACAGAAUAAUCCCGUCCUCAGGCUGGACACAGAUGCGAUGCAGAUCGUCCCCGCGGCUCCUUGUGUCUCUGUACGCGGCUGAUCGCGCAGUGGAGGCGCUGAGCUGUCGCCUGGAGCCUCUGGAGGAUGUGGCUGUGGAGCCCGCUCUACCUGGACGGCUGUGGAUGGCUUUACGCGCAUUGGCGUCCAGUGUGAUCAACAUCAUCAGCGAUGUAGUCAGCCUCUUCAUCUGCGUGCUCAUCAUCUGCAGAAAAUACUCGCAUCUGCUCAAGCGAGAGACCAUGAAGAUGAUCGUGCUGCGUAAGUUCCGCGUCCUCAUCCUGAUGGUGUUCCUGGUCGCCUGCUCCAUGCACAUCAUGAUCGACCUGCUGCCCAAGCUGGAGCGCAGCAGCAACAGCGGCUGUUCCUGCUCGCACACGCCGAGCCAGGAGCCUCAGAACUGGGCCAAGCAGAGCUGGCCUAACAAGCACACGCUGCGGAUCCUCCAGGACUUUAGUAAUGAGCCCAACUCCAACGUGUCCUCGCACGCACUGGACAGGCUCCCGGGAACAGGGGACAAAAAGCAGUCUCUGCGGAGGAUGGAGCUGAGGGGAGCGGACAGGACGCGCCCCCUCAUCCAGGACGCGACUGUCACCAAGAGCGCGCCGCCCAAAGGCUCCAGGCUGGCCGCCCUGUACGACCACCCGCUGUAUAAAAGAGCUGUGCCAACGCUCACAGACGAGGACACGCUGUUUAACGUCAACACGGACAUCAGAUUUGACCCCAAAGUGGUGGACGAGUCAGAAUGGAACGGCGAAGGGGGCAUGAAUGAGUUCAGUCCGACCGGAGAGCUCACCGCCGACUCCUAUCCCAACUGGCUGCGCUUCCAUAUUGGGAUUAAUAGAUAUGAGCUGUACUCCAGACACAAUCCUGUCAUUGAUGCUCUCCUCAAGGACCUCGUCACCCAAAGGAUCACGAGUGUGGCUAUGAAGUCUGGGGGCACUCAACUGAAGCUCAUCAUGACGUUCCAAAACUACGGCCAGGCCCUGUUCAAACCCAUGAAUUUCCUCGACACGCAUCGCUUCAGGAUGAUGCUCCACGUGGUGCAUCAAAGAGCACACAGAGCCGCAGAUCAAAGACAGAGCCGGCAAGCCUCUUAA